AUGGCAGCAGAGUUAGUAACGGUGGGAAAUAAAACGGAGAAAAACAUAGUAUGUUAUUCACCAGCGAUGAUAACGACGAAUGGAGUAUGGCAGGGUGAAAAUCCACUUGAUUAUGCAUUGCCACUCUUCAUUUUGCAAUUGACAUUAGUUGUUGUCUUUACUCGUAUUCUCGUUUUUAUCUUGAAACCAUUUCGACAACCUCGCGUUAUCGCUGAGAUUCUUGGUGGUGUAAUUUUGGGACCAUCAGUAUUAGGAAGAAGUAAAAGAUUUGCUGAUAUAGUAUUUCCUCUAACAAGUGUGAUGGUCCUUGAGACAAUGUCAAAUAUAGGGCUUCUUUACUUUAUUUUUCUGGUUGGAGUAGAAAUGGACAUUGCUGUUAUCCGAAGAACAGGGAAAAAGGCGAUACCUAUAGCUCUAGCAGGGAUGGUAGUUCCAUUUCUUAUAGGGGUUUCAUUCUCCUUCUUGUUGCAUAAGAGUUCACAAGAUACUAAACAGGAGAUUUUCGUGCUCUUCCUUGGAGUUGCACUUUCUGUCACUGCAUUCCCUGUUCUUGCACGAAUUCUUGCGGAGCUGAAACUUAUUAACACUGAAAUUGGUAGGAUAGCCAUGUCGGCUGCUCUUAUAAAUGACAUUUUCGCGUGGAUUCUCUUGGCUCUUGCUAUUGCAUUUUCUGAGAAUAAAAAUAUGGCUUUGGCUUCUGUUUGGGUACUACUCUCAAGUGUAGCGUUUGUUGUUUUCUGCAUUAUAAUUAUUAGGCCUAUAAUUGGAUGGAUGAUAAAGCGAACUCCAGAAGGCGAAUCCAUCAGUGAGUUCUCUAUAUGCAUCAUUCUCACAGGAGUCAUGAUAUGUGGAUUCAUAACAGAUGCCAUUGGAAUACAUUCUAUUUUUGGGGCUUUUAUCUUUGGCUUGAUCAUUCCUAACGGUCACCUUGGCCUUACACUUAUUGAAAAGCUUGAGGACUUUGUUUCGGGGCUUUUGCUGCCUCUUUUCUUUGCCAUUAGCGGUCUCAAGACGGAGAUUAGUGCCAUUGAUGGAGUUGGUACAUGGGCCAUAUUAGCUCUGCUCAUAGUCUUAGCUUGUGCUGGAAAGAUAGCUGGAACAGUCCUUGUAACACUCUAUUACAGAAUACCAAUCCAUGAAGGCAUUACUCUUGGUCUCCUCAUGAAUGCCAAAGGACUCAUUGAGAUGAUUGUCAUCAAUGUUGGUAAAGACCAAAAGGUUCUUGAUGACAAAUCUUUUGCAAUUAUGGUCAUGGCAGCUGUGCUUAUGACUGCAAUCAUCAUCCCAAUUGUGACGUUGAUUUACAAGCCAGCAAGAAAGUUUGCGCCAUAUAAAAGAAGAACAGUUCAAAGUACGAAACCAGAUAGUGAAUUCAGGGUACUGGCUUGCAUCCACACACCUAGAAAUGUUCCAACAAUCAUCAAUCUUCUUGAAGCAUCUUGUCCUACCAAGAAAUCUCCAAUAUGUAUAUAUGUCCUCCACCUUGUUGAGCUCACUGGACGCUCGUCUGCCAUGCUAAUCGUCCAUAAUACGCGAAAAUCUGGUAGGCCAGCGCUUAAUAGAACUCAAGCUCAAUCGGAUCACAUUAUCAAUGCAUUCGAGAACUUUGAGCAACAUGUUGGAUGUGUCUCUGUGCAACCCCUCACUGCCAUCUCCCCUUACUCCUCCAUGCAUGAAGACAUUUGCACCGUGGCUGAGGACAAGCGAGUGGCGUUUCUAAUCAUUCCUUUUCACAAGCAGCAAACAGUUGAUGGCGGAAUGGAAAUCACGAAUCCAAAUUUUCGAACCAUAAACCAAAACGUAUUAGCCAAUGCACCUUGUUCUGUUGGUAUACUUGUUGACAGAGGACUAAGCGGCUCCACAAGGUUAGCAGCAAAUCAAGUUUCUUACCAUGUGGCCGUGCUAUUCUUUGGUGGACCGGAUGAUCGUGAAGCAUUGUCCUACGGAUUGAGAAUGAGGGAACAUACAGGAAUCAACCUCACAGUCAUGAGAUUCCUCCCUGGAGAAUCAGCAAUUGAAGAAACAAGAUCAGAUUCAAGAAGUAGUAUGAAUGAUCCAAAUGUACUAACAGUGGUAACAGACCAUGACAAAGAAAAACAGCUAGACGAAGACUAUGUUAGUGAGUUCAGGGAAAGAACAUCUAAUGAUGAUUCAGUUGUAUACAUUGAAAGAGUAGUAAAUCAUGGAGAAGAGACAGUAGCAGCAAUAAGGACAAUAGAUCAAUCACAUGACCUGUUCAUAGUUGGCAGAGGACAAGGCACCAUAUCGCCGUUGACAGCAGGACUUACUGAUUGGAGCGAGUGCCCGGAGCUAGGUGCAAUAGGAGAUCUAUUGGCAUCAUCAGAUAAUGCAGCAAUUGUUUCAGUGUUAGUGGUGCAACAAUAUGUAGGAAUGGUGCAAGGGGAUCAUCUUCUCACACCAGACAGUCCUGGACAACAACUACAUGACCAUUUCAACUUCGGCUAUAUGAAUAAUCGGACACAAAUCAGAGGGCAGCAAUCUCAAUUCCAUACGCAACCCUGA